AUGGCGUUAGCUGUUAGCUUGCGUUGCGUUAUCUUGCCUGUUGAAAGCCCGUUGUUUUACUGUGCCGUCUUCGAUCUUCUUUCUUUCAUGCUAACGCCACUCUUCAAGAAGCCCAAGUUCGCCAGCACGGGUGGGCUCCAUGCUGACGGUGGUUUAUGGCUCCUCUGCCUGCUCUCCCCCAGCGCCUUCUCCAUCGGCAUCGCCCAGGUGGUGUACCUGGAGGCCCAGGGCGACGGCGCCAUCUUCUCCACGCUGACCAACGGCCCUCACGCCCUGUACGUGCCCCUGCUCAUGCUGUUCCUGGACUGCAUCCUCUACCUGCUGCUCGCUGUCUACCUGGACCAGGUGCUGCCAGGUAACGCCACUGUUGCAGGGAUGCGUGUGUGUGCUCUUUAAGGGUGCUUCAUAGAGACUGACUGACGGACUGAGGAACCCUUAACCGUACUGAUACAUGCCAGUGAUAUGAAGUUCUGUGUUCCAUUCAUUUUUCUAUUAGGGGUAGGUGAUGGUGAUGUAGACUAGCAAAUUGGUGCGAAAAAGUUGGG